AUGCAAGCUUUAAUUAGAAGCAUUGCACAAGCUAACAUCCAGCUGUGCGCCGGGCCGCUCCAGAGGCAGCCCGGGGAGAGGCAGCCCGGGGAGAGGCAGCCCGGGGAGAGGCAGCCCGGGGAGAGGCAGCCCGGGGAGAGGCAGCCCGGGGAGAGGCAGCCCGGGGAGAGGCAGCCCGGGGAGAGGCAGCCCGGGGAGAGGCAGCCCGGGGAGAGGCAGCCCGCCGCGGCGCCAGGCGCUCUGAGAGAGUUUUGGGCGUCCAAGUGUCACUCCCCCGCCGAGGCUCUCCCGCCACCGCCAAGCCGUGCCGAGCCUCUUCCACUUCCUGCUGCCGAGCCAGUUCUGCCGCUUACCUGGGAGAGGCCGGGAGGGUGUCGUAAAAGCAGGCGAAGGGCGGCGAGGAAGGAGAGCCGGGGAGCGGCGGGGCGGGCGGGAGGCCCAGCAGCCCUCCCGCUGUGCUCGGCCCCCCUCAGCCCACAAGCUUCCCAGGAGCAGCCAUCACCAGCAGCUGCCAACUGUAAGCAGGAAGGCUGGGCAGCCUCCCUCCCAGCUCCCUGGAUUACACCUAAUGAGAGGGGUGCUCAGCUAAUGUGUGUGGCUCAUGAGGUGGAGCUGUACCCCAGUGCCCCAUCGCUGAACUUGUGCUUUGUGAUCACCAGGUUUGCUGGGAAAUCCUGGCCUUGCAGUAAGGCAGCUGACUCUUUUCCAGUGUGACUUCAAAACUUGGAAAUGGCCUCUGUGUCAGGCACUUCUGUGGGGCGAAGCAUACCGGUAGAAGUGGAUGAGUCCAUGCCGUGGUCCCCAUUUCCUGAGCAUGUCUUGGAAAAGGAUUUGCCGCCUUCUGGAGAUGAUGUUGAGGAUGAGGAGUCCCAGAGACCAUAUGUCACUGGGAUGCCUCAGCCUGUGGCUGAUCCAUCAUGCCUCUGCAGAGCACCAGCACAUCAUCAGUCAGCACCAUCAGUAGAGCCAGACAGCAGCUUGUGGUCAAGAUAUACCAAUCCUGAUGGAGAUGGACACUUCUGUCCCCCUGGUGAAUCAACAGCUGGAGUGGUUCCCUCCAAGAUGCAUCCUGUAGCUGUGGACAGACCAGACAUGCAGCCAAGAUCACAGCUUUCAGCUGACACCAAGCACAACUCCAGUAAAUCAGAGCAGAGCUUGUCUGAUGCUCCUGAGGUCUCCGUGGAGGAGAGCUGCCAAGGGAGUACACAGUCACAGCAACCCUCAGGAAGCAGACCCCCGGCAGAACUGGGGAAGGUGGACAUGGGGUGCGACUCCCAGUCACAAGAUGUCAUGGGCAUCAGGCACCUGGAGCCUCCCUUACCACUGGUAUCUGUGCUGAACUCCCAGGACCUGCCAGGACCACUGAUCUCCAGGGAGUUUUUAGGACCUGAGCAGCAGCAGUGCCCUAUGUGCCAGCGCUUGCCCCAUCCCAACGCCUCCUCGCAAGCCCAUGGCUGCUUUGGGCACCGCUGCCCGGUGGAGCAGCCCCUCCAGGGUCCAUAUGGCAGAGCUCCUUACCAACGCUUCGCACACAUAUCACAACCGCUUCCUCCCGGCCCUGGGCCUUGCAUCCGAGUUAUCCGCCCGGCCCAGCAAGUCAUCCCCAAUUACUCCAACUUUCCUCCUCCCAAGGGCACUGCAGAGCGACCGCCCCAGAGGAUGUGCUCCUCCCCUGGUCCUCCUCGCUUCCCAAACCAACUCUACAACCAGCUACCUGAUGGUCAGAUGCCCCCCCAAGCCUGUGGCCCAGAUGAAGCAUGCUGUUGUCCUGACAAUUUUCCUUCUCCAGCUGCUGUCCCAAGACCUCUCAGUAACCCUGCAGCAAAGGGAACUCUGAGAACCAGCAAUUUGCCCGAGGAGUUGCGCAAGGUCUUUAUAACCUACUCGGUGGAUGCAGCAGUGGAGGUCAUGAAAUUUGUGAAUUUCCUGCUUGUAAAUGGAUUUCAAACUGCUAUUGACAUCUUUGAGGAUGCAGUGCGUGGCAUUGACAUCAUUAAGUGGAUGGAGCGCUACCUAGGUGAUAAGAGCGUGAUGAUAAUCAUAGCAAUCAGCCCAAAGUACAAACAGGAUGUGGAAGGGGCUGAAUCCCAGCUGGACAAGGAUGAACACGGCUUACAUACCAAAUACAUCCACAGGAUGAUGCAGAUUGAGUUUAUACAGCAAGGAAGCAUGAACUUCAGAUUCAUCCCUGUGCUCUUCCCAAAUGCCAGAAAGGAACAUGUGCCCACCUGGCUGCAGAACACUCACAUUUAUAACUGGCCAAAGAAUAAGAAGAACAUCCUUCUGAGGCUGCUGAGGGAGGAGGAGUACAUCGCCCCUCCAGUCGGACCUUUACCGACGCUCCAGGUUGUGCCGUUAUGAAGGCUGUUACUUAAAGUGCACCACAAGUUGUUGUUAAGGGGUUGUUCUUGGCAGGGAGACAGCCCUCUUCCAGAUGGCUCUUUUUGAUGACAGAAGACACUCUUUCUGCUAAAGCAAUUGGUUGUCUUGGGUAACUCAGGCUCGGCUUGUAACCUCUACCAUGUUCAACAUCUAUUUCUGAAGCUGAUGGGGUCCAGAGCACUCUUCUCUAGAUCUUUAGAUAAGCUGCAAAUGAUAAGACUGCCCAGUUUCAUUUGAACAUCUGGUCUUAACAUGCUCCUUUAUCAGUCCACACAGCAAACAAAAUACCAGAAAUAAUGUUGCAAUAAGUGUAAAAUAAAAAUUGCAUCCUCCUUUUUGCUCAGGGCUUCUCUGUAAAGAUAUUCCUGCUUUGGAUAGCAUUAGCAAACAGCCAAUCUGUAUAUACACCACUAAAUACAUUUGCCUUUUGUAAGGCAAUCUUACAGACUGCAUCAGCUUUGGGUUUUGUUGGGAACAAUGGAGAAAUGGUAACUGCCUGGUGGGUAAUGCAAGUUUUCCUUGGCCUGUCUUGCACAAAGACACUUUCUUCAAUUAGAAUACUUUCAAAUCUGAAACCUCUGGAGUUCCAUUUCUUUACAGCUUGCCCCAGUGGGUAUGGGUGUGCUGGCAGCACCAUGGAACACUACAGGAUAUUCUAGAGCAGGCCUUUAGCUUCAUCACUGCUCCUCAGCCCUACUUAAAAAUGAGGACAAUUGGCAUUUGGAAAGCCAGCAGCUGCUGAGAGGAGUAACACUGACUCCUACGACUUGUGUGCAGUAUGGAACAGUAAAAUCAUCGAAGACGUUGGAGAGCCACGGGGUGCUGGCAACCAG